AUGAAGUACAAAGAAAAUAAGAAAAAUCAUUUAAAUGAAGACCCAAUCUUAGCCGUACUGUUAAUGAAGGGAAUGUAUCCUUAUAAUAAUAUUAUUCGAGAUAUUGGCUAUGAUAGACUCUUUGUACAUUAUUGGGUUGCUCAAGAGGUUAACUCAUAUAGAAAUUACUGCAAAAAUAAUAAAAUACCAACAAUAAGCAUUGAUGCAACGGGAGGCAUAGUUAAAAGCAUUAAUUUAUUGUCUGGUCGAAAAACUGGUCAUUUAUUUCUAUACCAAAUCGCUGUUAUGGAUUGUAUAAAAAAAUCUCAAUUUUUAGUAGCUCACAUGAUUUCUGAACGUCAUGACAAUAAUAGUAUUACUCAUUGGUUGACAGAAUGGGUAAGAAGUGGAAUUACUACUCCGAAAGUUGUGGUAUUGGCAGUGGCGCACACUGGAAGGUUCAAGGGUAGGAGCUGCUACCCCUGA